AUGGCCACAGUGGAUCCUCCACCUCUCAGCAUUGCGCUCCAAGUCCCGCCUCCUAUCAGUCUCUGGCCUCCUCGACCAAUCGGAGGGCAGCACGCGCAGAAGUCCUCAACCUCCUCAGAAGAAGACGAAAGGUUCUUCUUGAACAACGCGCGACCUAUGACCCCACUGGUCCUCAACCCCGUCACACCCUGCUGGGACGUCUUCACCCCCGCCUACGAGCCAACCAUCGAUGUGGACAUGGAGCUGCCACAACGGCUUCCAACGCCGGAGGAGAGGAUGAGGCAACAGGCCGAGGCUGUGGCAGCUGAUAUCGUUCCCAUCAAUGUAACAGGCGAGAGUUUUGAUCGUCAGGCAAGUUUCCGAAAAGUGGCUUCCAACACGGACUCGUUAUCCCGGCGCCCCCGUAACCUGAGCCGCCGCAAGACAGUCACUGGGAUACCUGAUGAUGUCACCCGGAGACUGGACUCGACGAUGGUCGCUUCGGUUCUUCCAAAUCAGUUCUCCACUGUCGGCCGUCCUGCCUCCUCUUGUUCCUCCCCCCGCCGACAGAGAACCACAGAGGAAGAGGAAGAGGAGGAGGAGGAGGAGGAGGAGGAGGAGAGUGAGGGAGAGUUCAGAAAGAAGGGGCAGUCAUUAGGGAGGAGGAUCCGAGCCCCUAGAGGAGAGGGGAUGUCUAGCCUCAUGGCCUCUCUUACGUCCACCUCACGUCCAGACUCCUGCGAGAACCACUCUACCUCCUGCGGCUCCCCCUCGUCAGCGGUCCACAGCCUCCCGCGCCCAGAGACCAACUCCUCCCUGAACUCAGAGGCCAGCUGUAACAGCACCUCCUACAGGGCACUCAGCACCUCCUCAUCCUGCUGCCAGUCACAGGAUCUGCAGGGAUUCCCCAGCGACAUCCAGCCCCUGCUGCCAUUUGAACCCACCACCAGAGUCAUUCCUCAGUCUCCACUCUCCUGCUCCUCUUCUUUUCCUUCCUCCCCUGUCACCUCCUCUCUUCCUAGCACUCCUAGCCAAGCCAUGGAGUCAGAGUGGUCUUACCCCAGUGAUAAGCCCCUAAAUGAGGCUGCCCACCCUCACAUCUCCCCUUCCUCCAACCACUACUUUUCCUCAGACUCAGACUCUCAGUUUAGCUACCAGGCUCUGGAUGAACAGGCCACCACCCAGCAAGUCGCCCAGUGCUCCUAUGAUGGGGAGCGAUGGAGCUUCCAGCCCGUCUCACCCAGUUCAAGUGUCCACAGCAGCCAGACUGGACCUGACUGGAGUGGUAUCACCCGGGGAAUGAGCUCUGUUUCUGGGGAAGGUUGGAGCUGUGACCCCCUGAUCUCUUCUGGACGCUCGUCCCCCUGUAACUCCAUGUGUUCAGAGGACAUUACCUCCUCUUACUCACUAAGCCAAGAGAGAAGGAGGUCUAGCACAUCCUCCACCUACUCUCGUAGCAUCUCCCUCCGCAAGUCAAAGCGUCCGCCUCCUCCACCAUUGCGGUCCGACUCUCUUAGGCGUCGGCCAGGGCGUAGCAAGUCCUGCCGGCCCUCCUCCAGCCCACGUCUGGAGAAUAGCCCACAUCUGAAGCAUAGUCCCCGCCUAGAGCGAAAAAUCCCACUGACCCCCACCUCAUCGCCCCAAACCUUCGAUGACCCCUGGGUGCCCCGCAGCAACAUUAAAAGACGCCAGAGUGGGUUCAACUGCGGCACAGUCACAACCUUUGAACCCUUAAGCUCAGAUAGCCAAGCAGCAACGUCCAUUGAGUCUCCUUCGUCUGAGCAGCUCCCACCAAACCCCGGCCGCUCCCACAUCUUCACGCCCAUGUCUCCAGGCUCACAGGAGGAGGGGCUGACGUUUACUCUCAACCCUCAACCAGCUGCUGCAUCCGUGGCUGGGCUGCAGCGCCUUGCUUCGCCCUCCAGUGGUUACUCCAGCCAGUCCAACACCCCAACCCCUGGCACUCCCAUUUCUUCCCCACUCAGCCCUUCCUCCCCUGAAGGGAGGCCAAAGCCACCAGUGCCAGAAAGGAAGUCAUCACUCUUCUCCUCCCUCUCCUCCUCCUUUUCGUCCACCUCCUCCCUCUCCUCCUGCGCCUCCUCAGAGUCCUCUGCCAAGCAUCCUCUUCUUCCUGCUCCACCUCCUCCCCCUCCACCUGAAUGUUCUUCUCCUUUGCCUCCUGUCUUCUACUCCCCCAUUCGCGAGUGUCCUGCUCCACCUUCUUUCACCAAACUCUCUAUCCUCCAAGAACUGCCAAUUGCUGAUCUUCCUCCUCCUCCUCCACCUCCUCCUCUGCCUCCUCUCCUUAAUUUCCCUUACACUGCCCUCCCCCCACCAGGUCUUUCCAUGUCUCUUUACCCCCUGGUCACUGCACAGGCUUUGCAGGGCGUCAAGCUUCGGUCUGUCAAGACCCAAGAAGUCCUGCUCACUAACCAUGAUCUACCAAGCAAAGAAGCUCAUCUUGAUGGCCUGGUCUACACAGAUGUUACAAAAUCUGGUACUGGAGCACAAAAUGCUAUUGGCGAUCAAGGCAGCUAUGACGCUAACAUAUCAAGUGCGGAAAAGGCUAAUGUUAGCCCUCAUAGCCUUGCCAACACCGAUGCAAAGCAACCUGAACUCAAAUCCGAUCAUGGUUACUACAACUUAAUAAAAAGUGAGGUGAAGACUCCCAAAGAUGAGUCUGCAAAUCUUAAGAGCCUGCAAGGCAUAGUCACUAGCCACGCAAACCGGAUAAGCUCUGGGUCUCAGCUCAUCAAUGAAACGCCUCAAGACAUCAAGUACAAUGAACAAGAGAGGGAAUAUCCAGACAUGUAUGCUACACUGGCAAACAAUCAUGUCGCCAGCCCUGAUAGUCCCUUGGCUAAAAUGUCUUAUGAUACUGACAAAAACCACAUAAACGCAAUUACCCAACAUUCCUCUUUGCGACAACAACAGUUCAAAGAGGCGAAGCUAACUGAACCUACUGAGAAACACUUAAACACUGAGGAUGUCUGCCUGACACAUUCUUCAUACUGGACCCUCUCAGGAGUAAAACAAGAACCUCACAAAGAAAUCAGAACACAACUUUCAGAGAGCAACGAUAACAAUAACCCAGAAAUGUGGAAUCACAGUGCAGCCAAUGGAGAUUCAACAACACACAGUGAUUUUAAACAGUGUAGCAGUGUCUUUGACCCAGGUAGCCCAAAGCGGCUCCGCUCUCCAGAGAAGCCAAUCCCACCAAAGAAGCCUGAUCUUUGCAUUCUGGGUCUCAUGGCAUCUCCUAAGGCCAAGCGAGGACCAGGUGGGGCGAAGAGCAGUGGACAAAUCGUAGCACCUUCUCCUGGGCUCACCAACCAAUUAACAAUUCCUGCUGAUUCCUCCUGCACACUUUCUACUAAUAGUACACCUUCACCAAAGCACAUGACAUAUGCAACUUUACCUGCACACUCAAUGAAUGCUUCUUCUUUGCCAGCGCACACAACACCUGCUGACAUCACCACAUGCUCACCUACCAGCUCCCCUCAGAGGCAGAAGCCACCGAUUUUGCACAAAAAGCCAGAUCUUUCAUUGACCUCACCCAAAAGUACCAAACCACACUUUGCUAAUACAGAUACAGGAGAGGCUUUCAAAGGCACCCAUCCCACCCCAGAAAUCACUGCUGCUUCACAGACUCAGACCUCCACAGGAACUAGUAGCACCUGGGGGAUCAUCGGUACCAUUUUCAAUGGGACUAUUGACACCACAGAGUCGAGAGACACUUUAAAUUGGACCAUGGGUACAACAGAGGCUAGAGACACUUUCAAUGGGGGCAUGGGUAUCUCAGACGCUCGUGACACUUUCAGCAGGACCAUGUGUACCACAGAGGUUAGAGACACUUUAAAUUGGACCAUGGGUACCACAGAGGCUAAAGACACUUUCAAUGGGGGCAUGGGUACCACAGGUGCUCGAGACACUUUCAAUGGGACCAUGAGUAUCACAGAGGCUAGAGACCAUUUCAAUGGGAUCAUAGGUACCUUGGGGAACUGUGGUACCUCAGGAACUGGGGACACCAUGAACACCAGUGGUUUCAUGGGGGCUAUGGGCAUCUAUGGGAACUGUGGCCCCUCAGGCAUCAUGGGUAUGACACCAACCUGGUGUACCAAAGAUCCUGUUCAUCCAUUCAUUGAUGGGACUAUGAGUACCUUAGAGAACUGUAGUACCUUAGGAAACCAUGGAGCUGCUUCCACCGGGACAGGGAUCACCCAAACUGGAGCAAUCGACCCCAUCAGAACAAGUCUUCAUAAGAAUAAUGAGAAAACAUUUCAUAAGAGGAUGAUGAGGACAUCGCUGACUGAAAAUGAAGAGGAAGACGAGAAGGAGAGGGUAGCAAAGACAACAAUGAUGAUGAUGUCAUCCACCACAAAGAAAAUAGACAAAGUAAGGAAGAGGAGGAAGAGAAGGGCGGGCAGGCAACUGCUGCUGAUGUCAUCAACUAUGGAGCCCUCCCCCUCCUCAUCAUCAUCAUCCUCAUCAUCAUCUUCAUCUUCAUCUGAAGAUGAGCGAGAUGCGGAAAAGCAGAGAACAAUGCAAACAAGUCGAAGAGUGAAGAUGACCAAAGUGUUUGAUCAAGACACCAGUGACUCUGAAAGCUCGUACACUCUGAUUGGCCAGAGCAGGUUCUCCCUCAGCAGUGCACUGUCCACUGAGAGCCUGCGAGAGGAGCUGUCCCUUCCAGACCUCCUGAUACAGGAACCAGGGGACAAUGAAGAGGAGGAGAGGAGCAAUGAUGGAGCACAUAGGAUGAGGGAGGAGGUGAAGGACGCCCCAGGACCUCCAGAUGCUGAUCUGUUCGUCAGUGUUUCAGCAGAUCAGAUGUUUGUCCCCAAUCGACCUCGAACCACAGAAGAUCUAUUCGCCGUCAUUCACAGGUCAAAGCGGAAGAUGCUAGGAAGAAUAGAUUCAGAUGAAGACAAACAUCGCAUCUCUUCUUCCUCCACUUCCUCUUCCUCUUCCCCUCCGGUGACCCCGACGGACCCCCAGCCCCAUCCGACACGACCGACAACCCCCAGAAGUCAAAGGUCAGGGAGAAGUGAGAGCUUCAAGGCUCUCUUGCUGAGGAAGGGUAGUCGACCUGAUUCGUCUUCUCGAAUCUCGGCUGUCGAGCGGCUUCGUGCAACUGCUGCUGCCGCCAAGCUCCAGUGUUCGCCCUCGCUGCCGCCGUCGUUGUCAGGACAACCCCAAAUCAACCCCACAGGCUUGCCCGAUAACGUGGAUCCAUGUGACAUCAAUAGCCACCUGACUCUGAAUGUACCAGUUUCUCCCACGACUCUGUGCAGUCAGGACUUGUCCAUGAUGUUCCAGCUGAGACACAAUCAGCUCCUCUUCACCUCUUCCUCUCCGCUCACUCCUCCUUGCUCUGCCAGCCGACGUUUCGCCGCUCGCUGCCGCCUCUUUGCCGCCCCCAUGACCGCCAUCUUAGAAAGGGAAGGCGAGGAAGAGGAGGAAGAGGAAGAAGAAGAAGAAGAUGACGAUGUGUUUGUUGAGUCGCCAGGAACCAUUUCGGGGAUGGAAGGCGCGUCGAACCUGAGAUUGAUCCACGUCAGGUUUAAAACUGUCCAUGAACACGUCGCACUGCCUCAGCAACCUGAAAUUAACUGGACUGGACUGACCUGUGGCCUGAAGCCUUUAAGUGUCUCCAGAAACCACAGAAAGGACAUGCGUGGUGGAAUCAUGAUCUCAAGAAAACAAGCUUGUUCCUUAAACCCCAACACCUCCAGUUUCCAGUUUAUGGACUUAAACUGA